AUGGUCGAUCGCACACACUACGUGUCAGAAGACAAGAUGCCCAAGCUGGCUUUGCGCCAGAUUUUCGGGCGCCAACAGCUCAGCGAGCACCUCUGUUUGGCGGCAACAGAAAUGGGGUUGUUGUCGAUCGACACCUUUGCGAUACUGGGCGACUCGUUGACCACGGCCAAGGACAUCUUGAAGCGCCUCUGGCCGGAUUUGACCGCUUUGGGUCCUGAUCCCCCAAGGCAAGAGAUCGCUUUGAUGUCUUUGGCCGCAUAUGCGGCCAGGCGGGCUCGCGUGGAGGAAGAUCCUUUGAAGGUUCCCGAAACGCCACAAGAAGAUUACGUAGAUUUCCGUGCUCGCUUUGUGGACGCCCACCCCGACGUUAUCUUGAUCGAUGCACAGAAAAUUUAUGGAGCGCCCUUCUAUGAAUUUGCGGAGAUCCGCACUUGGGCCGUGCAGAGAUCAGGUCUAACGCGCAACGCAGAGGACUUGUUGACAAUCUCCAAGGCUGACGAGCCCGACCAGGUUACAGACAUGAGCCAUGAGUUCCUGAUGAUCAGCCAGUGCAGAUGGGCUCCUUUUUCCAUCUGCCUGUGGCGGGAAAUGGUCUCAGCAUGUGGGGCUGCGGACGCCAGCUUGCCGGAUGAGAUUCUGGCCGGGCUGCGGAUCGACUGGAAAGCCUCACUGAAGGAUGUUGAGGAGGGCUCGGCCUUGGGCCCGUUCUUUGCUUAUGAGGAAGUAGACAGAGUGAUUAAUUGCCAUGACUGGAUCCCGACGCAGAGGAAGAACAAGGUGAGGGGUUACGACUCGGCCACGAUCAAUGGGAUUAACCUCGCAACCGAGAUCACUAAGAAGCUCCAACUACCGUCCACGGAUUCCAAUGUGGCGGUCAUUCGUAUGUUGAGAUAG